AUGAUCCCGCCAAGUGUUUCGUGCAGGACCUGCAGUUCCGCCUGCAGUAGCCUACAAGCCAUCGCUCGAGACGGGGUGUUCUCGAUCUCCGCCAGUUCUCGCACAUCCAAGGCCUCAUUACUUCUCACCAAGCCUCACGUCCGGCUGUACACGGUCAGAUCAAAGUCCCACCUGCGCAGCCCGGCGCUGCAACUACAAGGCCGAGCCCAAUCUCGCCGAGGAUUCCAUUCCACGCCAGCUACACACCUCGAAAAACAACCCUCUCCUCCGCCGUCACCUAGCUCCCCCUCAACGCGUGUCUCCUACCGCGUCGCCGUUUCCUCGAGUGGAAAAGGUCGCCGCUUCAACCCCCUCACAAACGCCCACAACUUCGACCCCUCCGCCGACGCGCUAGGCGUAACAAACGACAAGAAUAGCGUCAGCAGAAGGCGCAACAGACCCGAUAGCGGUGAAGAUGCUUUCUUCGUCAGCCGCAUCGGAAACAGAAUCUCAGACCACCAGCAUGGCAACGCAGAAGCUGUCGCCUUCGCCGUAGCAGAUGGUGUCGGUGGCUGGACCGAAUCCCGCGUCGAUCCGGCCGACUUUUCCCAUGGCAUUUGCGGCUACAUGGCGCACACCGCGCAGACUUGGCACGAGCCUGCUGAGCUGCUCCGUCCGAAACAGCUCCUUCAGGCUGGCUACGACCAGGUCGUUGCGGACCCGACGAUUCGCGCCGGUGGCAGUACUGCCUCUGUUGGCAUUGCCUUGCCGGAUGGACGGGUGGAAUUAGCCAAUUUGGGGGAUUCUGGCUCCGUGCUCUUGCGCAAGGCUGCUGUGCAUCAGUAUUCCGUCCCGCAGACCCAUGGCUUUAAUACCCCUUAUCAGCUUAGCGUUAUCCCGCCCCGCAUGCGUGCCCAGUCGGCUGUCUUUGGCGGUGCCUUUUUGGAGGAUUUCCCCAAGGAUGCUAGCGUUACCAAUUUGACCAUGCAGCAUGGUGAUGUGUUGAUGCUUGCUACCGAUGGUGUCUUUGAUAACCUGAACAAUCAGGAUAUUCUCAAGCUCGUCACUGGACGAAUGAUCUUGACCGGUGCCUGGACGGCUAAUGAGUCUGGCGUUGGCGUCUCAGAUGACCUGCGUACUUUGACUGCUCCGGGUGGUUUGGCAGAUGCGUUCCCUUCAACGUCCCGCUUGGCCAAGUCCAAGUCCAAUUCCAAGAAGGAGACCGAGACUGAAGAAUCUGCUUCUCGUCCUGAGGAUCAGAUCACCUUGCAGUCGAUCCUUGCUGCUACCAUUGCCGGCGAGGCGAAGAAGGCUAGCAUGGAUUACCGCCGCGAUGGCCCCUUCGCCAAGGAGGCUCAGCGUUAUUACCCCGGUGACUACUACCGCGGCGGCAAGGUGGAUGACAUCUGUGUGGUGGUCGUAGUGGCUAUCGAUGAUAGCCUGGCUGCCAGCGGUGCAGUCUGA